CGACUCGCCACACGUAAAAUGCAGCUGCCCGCGCUUCUCGUGGUGCUUCUCGCGGGCGCCGGCGGUGCAUGCAGCGACUUUCUCCUCAACUCGACGACCAACGUCAUCUCGGCGCGAAGCAUGGACUUCAACAUGGACCUGCAGACGUCCAUUGAAACAGUACCCAUUGGCACGCGCUUUGUCGAGGCUGGUGGGUUCCAGUGGCGCAAUUCCAUCGGCUUCGUCUCGUUCAACGUGCGUAGCCUUCCGUUUGCAGCCGAUGGCCUCAACACCAAAGGCUUGUCGGCGGCCUGGCUGUUCAUGGAGGAAACAGUCUACCCCGAGGUGGAUGCGAACGACCUUCGACCGGCCAUUGGCAACCUAUGCAGCUACAUUUUGGGCAAUUUCGCCUCGGUUGACGACGUAGUAGCUGGCUUCGACACCAUCCAGCCCGUGGCUUUAGACCUGAUGCAUAUCCCCCUUGCUCAGCGUGCAGGCUUGGGUCCACUUCGUCGUCUGCCCAUGCACAUUGCGGUGCACGAUGCGCUCGGCGAGUCACUCGCCAUCGAGUUUCUUGAUGGAAAGACGCGCCUCUUUCGGAACUCACUUGGUGUGCUCACGAAUGCGCCGUCGCUCCCGGAGCACUUGAUACGACUCUCGACGACUUCCGGUGGCACAUUAUACUCAUCGACCGAUCGAUUUGCGCGGCUCGCGACCCUCAAUGCUCAGGCCAACACGGACGUAUUCGGCGUCGACACGAGCUUUACUUCGCCCGACAGCGCCCAGAACGGCGUCGCCCGCGCGCUCCAUCUCCUCAACACUGUCGUGCAGCCGCUCGUGUCCCCUGAGUUUGCCACCGAAUGGGUCGUCGUCCGCGACCACGUUCGGCGUUGUAUCUUUGUGCAAGCUACCGAAACAAACUUGCUUCGGCGCAUUGACCUCAGCAAACUACGCUUCGCACCGGGCGCGCCCCCCACGUCGUGGAGUCUUGGCCCUGGCAUUUGGUUUCUGGACAUGGACGACGGCGGCAAGGACCCACUCGUCAACGUUGACACAGCCUAGCUCUACACCCUGGGCUUGACAUGAUAGUAUGGCUUCUUGUACAUUGUAUACACGUAAACUCGUCAAGGCAGUGUUGG